AUGAAGUUCUCCACUGGCUUCUUAACGAUUGCCCUGCUCAACGCAGGUGCAGUGUUGGCUGACAUGCACAACUUCUGCGGUUGCGGCCACCGCACCGGAAGAAAUGCGGUCCAGGACGCAUACUGGACCUUCAACGAGGAGGCGACUAAGUACGCAUGCACGCGGUACAGGAACAGGAACACUGGUAACAAGAAGUGGGACAAGUGCCCGGAUUGCCAGAUGGACACGCAGCACUUUGAUGGACAAGCCAACGUUCCUGCAUGCUUCUCGGUUGCAUGGCACAUGGGUGGUGAUGAGUUCGACUACUACUGUGGACUUAAGGGCCUCCAGGGAUACUGCAAGGACAUCAGCUAA